AUGGCGUUGGACGGAAAGGCAAUUAAGGAGGAAAUCCCCGACAAGGAUGCCUACGAGACGAGUGCUCGAAAAAUGAAAGGUAAAGAGCAGUGUCGCACACCGGACUCACCGGAAGGGGCCCGCGUGGUGGCGCCCCGUUCACCGAUCUCGCCCCAGAUUUCCCACCACCACAGCACGUUGGUGCCGCCGCCGAGGUCGGCAUCGUCGCAAGUCAAUCGCAACGGGAGCUCCUCCCCGCCGGGCAUCAACAGCGGCAGUGGCAGCGGGGGCAGCGGGAGCCUCGGCAGCCUAACACCACCGCCCGCCAUCACGCCCGCCUCGGCAGCGGCCGCCGUGGCCGCGGCUGCGGCGGCCGCCGCUGCCCAGCAGGACACCACGAAGCUGCUCAAGAUCCGCCGGUUCCUGGGCGCCCUGGUCCAGUUCGGACAGGACGCGAACGGUGACACCGGGGACCGGGUGCGCUCAUUAGUGCUGUCGCUGGCGAGUGGUGCCAUCUCCGUCGACGAGUUCCAGCUGGCGGUCCAGGAGGCGACCAACUUUCCGCUUCGCACCAACGUUGUCCCGUUCCUGAAGUCGCACGUUCCGGUGCUGCAGCGUGAGAUCAACAUCCUGGCGCGCUCGAACAAACAGACUUCCUCACAGUACGUCCGGUCAAACGAAAGCAGCGUCAUGGAGUACGUCCAGAACCUGGCCGAAACGGCCGAAAUAUUUCUGCCCCACGAGGGUCCCUUUUCGUCCUCGGUAACGGCCGCGGCGGCGGCAGCGGCGGCCGCAGCAGCAGCCGCUGCCGCCGUCGCCAGCGGUGCUGCGUCCGGCGGCGGCGGUGGUGCCGGUUCCGGCGCUUCCAUCAACGGGCUGGGACUGAAACGACGAGCUUCUGAUAACUUAUACGACACACAUCCGGCCGGACCGCCCGAGUGGAGCGAUUACGUGUUGCCACCGUCGAAGCGACCGCACCCUUCGCUGCUGCUGGCGUCCGGUGCGUCGCAGCUCUAUCCGACCCACCCGGCCCUGUUCGAGUACCAGAACGGUGGUCUACAUGCACAUUCCGAUGGAUUGCAUUCCAUUCACCGCGACGAUCGUGAUCUGCGAGCCGCCUCCACCGAUGGCCAUCGGCCGCCCAGAAUUCCUCCCGGCGGUAGCAGUGCUGGUGCUGGUGGCGGUGGUGUUGGUGCCGCAGGUAGCACCGCUGGUAACGGAAGCCUAACCGGAAGCUCGGUCAGUGGGGCCAGUGGUGAAGAGGAGUGGAAAAACAUUCACACCAUGCUGACGUGCAUCUCGGCGAUGGUGGAGAAGACGAAGCGCGCCAUCGCGAUCCUGCAGCAGCGUGGCAUCGACAACAGUCACACCCGCGACCACCAGGACAACAGCUCGAUGGCCGACAUCAAGCGGCAGACGGAGGAGAAGAUAUCCGAGUUCCGGCGCUCCGCCGAGGAAUCAGUCAAUCAGGUCAAACGGCAAGCCGUGAUGGAGAUCCAGCGCGCCGUGGCUGCGGCCGAAGCCCGCACCCUGGAGAUGAUCGCCCAAGAGCGGCUGAAGAUGGAGAAAAUGCUCACCGAUCUGCACCGUGGCAGCAACGACGAUGCGGAACCGUCGAUCACGAGCGGUAGUCAAAAUGCCUGCUGGAACUGCGGACGGAAGGCAAACGAAACCUGCUCCGGGUGCAACCUGGCACGCUACUGUGGCUCCUUCUGUCAGCACAAGGACUGGGAUCAGCAUCACCAGGUGUGUGGUACGUCCCGUGCUGAGAACAGCUUCCAGAAGCACGCCCAGAGCUCCCGCACCUCGAUCGCGUCCCGCUCGACUACGCCCCAGCAGCACAGCAACAGUACAGCGAACGGUACGGCGUCCGCUGCAAAAUGACGCUCUAAACUGCUCAAACCUAAGAAGAAGUAUCUCUGCUAGUCAAAUUACCCCGUGGCCGGGUAUCGGGU